AUGCAGGGUCUCCGCUGUUACUUUCCGGCGUCGGACGGCGGCGUCCGCCUCGAGCUCGGCCCAGCCGCCGCUUCACAGCUGUCGAUCGACGUCCCGGAGCCCGCCGAUGCCCGUAUCCGUCGUCUGAUUUCCGAGAACCCGGUGAUCGUCUUCUCCCGGGCCGGCUGCUGCAUGUGCCACGUCAUGCGGCGGCUGCUGGCCGCCGUCGGCGCCCACCCCACCGUCAUCGAGCUGGGGGAGGACGAGAUCGCCGCCGUGUGCGGCGGGGAAUUCGCCCCGCCGGCGCUGUACGUCGGCGGCGCGUGCGUGGGUGGGCUGGAGAGCAUGGUGGCGCUGCACCUGAGCAACGGCCUCGUGCCGAAGCUUCUCCAAGCCGGCGCUCUCAAAAAGGAAAAUAUUAAGUGA